UUUGAGAUAUCGAGGCGCAGUGAGUUCCAAUUUGAAUAUUUAAAUAGCAAGCUAUGUGCUUCAUCCCCGCUACGUCCUACGUUGACAAUAAUACUGUAGCGCAACCAACGAGAAAAUGCACCAAUUCUCUACGAGCGAUCUAAUACAUUAGCAAAAUUGUAUGUGGCUAGCAUACGUAUUAGACGAAUUUAUUGAGAAGCUAGCGGGCGCGAAUCACUUUAUCGCAUACUCAAAAACAUAUGAAAGUCAAAUUCGAACGCGUCAGACCCGCAACGUGAAUUUUUCAAUGUCACAUUAUGUUAAGUAUCAAUGUUACGCGACAUUAAAUCGAGCGAACACAAAAUUGUGCAGCGAUUGCAGAAAAGAGCGAUAGACAAAUGCAGGAAACAUUGCUUUCGUUUCUCGGUGGCUUUGUCUUCUAGCCUUUCCCUAGUCCUUAAUAAUUAAAGGUUCCGAAGAUUCGUUUAUGUGGGUCAUAUAAUGAAAUAGAGAUAUCACAGCAUUCGCAAGUGAAAACGGCAAAGAGAUUUCAACAAUUACAUAUUUUCAGUAGAUCGCAAUGGAAUCUUUAAGCAUAUACGAUCUACGUAUUUCAAUAGACAUCAUCAUUUCUUGAAUAAUAUUUGCAUACGGUUUCUCGCGUGUUUCGCCUCAUUACUAAAUGCUGAUUAUCGUUUUAUUGGACAUAAUCCUUAUCUUCAAAAGUCACUUUUCUAAGUUUUCAAGUAUAAUUAUUUAAAUGUCUUUUGGCUUGCUCUUCCACUGAAGCAAACAACAAUGAAAAUCCAUCUUCAAACUAGCUUAAGAAUUUCAUAAGUAUUCUGAGAUGAAUAUUCGAAAAGAAAAAUUCUAGUCGAUUAAAGUGGUCGAAUAUAAUGGAUUAUGCUAUUGAAACGUGAACUCGCUAUAAUUGGUUUCUAAAAUCUAUGAUGCCAGAUUUCUCGUAAAUAUUUCGGAACUACCAAGCUUUAGUUAUUCAUAAGUCUGGUAACUGUACCAUUAAAGCGGCCUAAUCGAAUGAAAAUUACGUCAUACAUAACCCAUUCAAUCACUGCAUAACUUAUUCAUAAAUUUUCAUGACAACAAGAAAUUUAAUCUAUCAUAAUAAAUGCCUCCUAGAUAUUUUCAAGCAGUAUAUGAAUAAUUUUCAGUAACACGUGACAAAUCGUCACUUGUUACAUGCGAACCCUCGCUCAAUUGAUAGCUAAUGAUUGCACAGGUGUUUUAUUCGCACUCGGCAGCUUCUCAUUUUUUGGUAUAAAUACUCGGCCGAUUCGUCGUAUCGUUACAGUUUGACUUGCAACAAUCAAGCUUCACCAUGUUCACCAAGCUAUUCAUCUUCGCACUUUUGGGCGUCAGCCUUGUGCUCGCUCACCCAGUCAACGAGGAAACUCGGGACUUGGUCAGCAAGGUUGAACAAUUGAUCAACACCGUGUCGGAAAAGGUCGAGGAAUACUACCACGAGGGCAAAGAAAAAUUCGACGAUUACUUAAAAGUUCUGAAAGAGAAGGCCGUCGAACUCGGUGAACUGAGCAAGGAGAAGUACGCCGAGCUGAAGGAGAAGUACGACGAGUACAAAGCUAAGGCCAAGCAAAUCAUCGAGGAGAAGAUCCCCCAGUACAAAGCCAAGAUCGAGGAACUGAAGCAGAAGGGCAAGGAAAGUCUUGGUGUCAGCAAGGCGAAAUUCGAAGAGCUGAAGGUGAAGGUGCAGAUAGCUUUGAAGGAAGAGCAAGUCAAGCUCGAAGCUAAGUUCAACGAGUUCAAGCAGAAGGCUCAAACCAUCGUCGCCGACGUCAGAGAGAAAUACUUCCAAAACAAGAGCUUCGACGAGGUGGUGGCCGAUCUGAAGGCAAAGGUUGGUCGCUACGUCGAGAUUGGCAAGGAAAAGCUGGCCGUGUACAAGGAGAAGUACGAACAGCUCAAGCAACAAGCUAAGAUCGUCUACCAGCAGAAGGCCGAGGAGUACAAGCAGAAGCUCGAGGAAUUGAAGGAGAAAUUGCCCGAAAAAUACGAAGAGUACAAGCAGAAAUUGGAACAAACCGUAAACAAGAUUAAGGCUCAAUUCGUCGAGAAGUUCCACAAGAUCGUCGAGGCCAUCGAGGCAAAAUUGAACCAAAAGGCCAUCGAGCACCAGGAAUAACUGCAAUGAUUUUCGCUCUUAUUCCAAAUUUACAUGUAUAUUAUUUUAUCUCCAUUCAAUAAAAAUUUUUUUCGCAUGAAUUAAAAUCUCGCUUGUGUUAUUCAAUAUCGACCACUUUGUCCCGAAGGGAAAAAUUGACGGGCCUAAAAAAAUCGCCUAUUCCUAUCUUUUUUAGUAUCUUUGAAUGACCUGAAUGCUGAACCAACAAGCAAGGAUUCAAAAAGAACCGUCGAGCUGAAGCAUUCCGGUGAGAUCGAAAAUUGAAAGAUAAAUCGGCGAGCCAAGCGCGAAACUGGGCGCCUGGUUAAACGCCGAGAGAUCGAUAAAUGCAAAGGAAGGC